AUGCCCUCCCUCACCGGAUUCGAGGCUCAGCCGCAGAGUAUGCGCUUUGAGAAACCGACACCACGUCCGCCCAAGUCGCCAACCAUAGCGAACAACAUUCGGUCUUGCAACCGUCGCCGAGAAUACCUCGAGAGAAAUCCCAAAUACUUUGAUGACGCUGAACACGAGCUCGCCGACCCUCUACUCUACGACAGCUUGGUUCGCAAGUUUCAGACACCAGCCGAGCGUGAGGUCGAAGGCAAGGCCAAGGGCUACUCGGGGGUUUUAGAAAGCUCUCUGCUUAGAGGCGAGGCUCGUCUUGCUGACUUGAAGUCAUCAACCGACGACAAUGUAUCGCCGGAGCCCGCUAGAGAUUUCACCACCGAGGCCGAUCUUUCAAAGACGAAGACCAAGGAAGAAGGCCUCAAGAGAUGGCACGAGUUUCUCACAGAACGUUUUGUCCGUGGCCAUGAUGAGGAUUUUGAUUACAGUCUGAUCGACCACAACGAAGAGUACGAUGUCAUGGAGAGACGUGAUGCCGAGGAAGCGUGGUUCGAUCAAGAAGACCCCGGAUGGGCCAGUGAUGCGAAUGAGGGAGUCGAAACCACACGGGGGCAAACCGGCAUUCAGGACUUUUGA